GAGGCGGGGCGCGGCGGCAGCGCGACGGCGGGGCGCGGCACAGGACCGACCUGAGACCGCCGCCCCAGGGCUGGAGGCGCAGCGGGCGCCAGGCAAGCGCGCCGGGACCGACGAGCGGGAGAUGCCCGAGCGACCGGCCGCCGUGCGGCGCCGGCUGUGUUCGAAGACGGCGGACGGGAGCCCGGCCGAGACGAUGGCCUUGCGAGGGCCGCUCCCGGCGCCCCCGCCACCGGGCGACGCGCCGGCGCCAGCCGCGGCCGCCGCCCGCGCGGGCGAGGGGGCCCCCGUGCUGCCCCCUGGCGCCAUCGUGCCUCUCCCGCUCAUGGUCCCCGCAGGCCUGAGCGGACUUAAGGCGAAGGAGGCCAGGGAGUUCUUCGGGCAGGCAGCGGGGGGCGCCAAGCGCGUGGUCGCGGGCGGCUGAGCGCCAGGCCUCCCUGGGAGCACGCGCGCGCCCCGCCACGUGCGGUGUGGUUGGCGUCCCGGCGCGGCGUACAACUUUCAGUCAAUUCGGCGGCCUCCCUUCGUUGCCGGUUGCAGUGGCGGGCCGAGCCUGGUCCGAGCCAAUGCUUGAAUUCUGUUUCUUGCAGGUGUGGGCGCACAGGAGCCUUGGCCCGCAUGCACGGAGGUGCACAGGUGGGCGCCACGUAAUUCGGUAAUGGCCGCAGCUGGAAUUCGUUCUUUCUGUCUGGAGCGGUAAGUCGUAACAGGAUGUUAUGACAUUGCUUUGACCGCGUCUGGAUCCGCUAUUCUCGUCUUCAGGCGGCUUCUCUUGGAGUUGCCGGUGAAGCAAGGCUCGGCGAGCUCGCCUCGUCGAGCACCUCGUGGGCAAUCCACGGGGUUAGUACGAGUUCAGCGGGCGUAGUUAGUGCGCCUGCGCGGCGCUUUCCCUUCUGUGUGUGUGCGCGCCUUCCCCUCCUUAAGGCAAGCUCUCUCCGCCUCCUACGUCAUCGGUGCGCAGCUGCGGCGUGGCCGUGUCAGCACGCGAAGCGCGCCGCGCGUCUGCUUCAUUCAGGGCGAGUCCACGCACGGGGUGGUGCUCUGCGGAGCGCGGGCAUCAAAAGUUGCCCUGCAGCCAGGCGGCGGGGCGUGACCCUUUGGAGGCUGA